AUGGGCCGCACGAAAUGGCCAUGCCUCCCCUCCGUCCUGGGGCGUGGAUGGGGCUGCCCCCCAAAGCUCAGGGGGUGCACAGCCCAAGCAUCCCGGUCCCUUGCUGCUUGUGCCAUGGGCAGCAGGCGGUGGGACGGAUGGACACGUCCUGGGCAGACCCCUCAGCCUUUCCCCUCGCCUCUCCUCCCCCAGGCUGCUCCUCGCAGGGUUUGCUCCCGUGAAAUGCCGGUGGCUUUGUGCCACGCUAUUGAAAGUGCUCUGGAAAUGUUUGCGUGGGGCAGCGCUGGGGAGGAAAGGUGCUUUCUCAGGUGCAGCCCCCACCCCCGGGCCGAGGUGCAGCACCACACGCUGCAUGGAGCAGGGGAGGGAGGAAAAAACCUCCUGCAGAGGGAUUCGGAGAAGAACAUCCUCUGCGUGUUGGGCUGUGACUUCAGCAAGGAAAAUGUGAGUGCCCGGAGCUUUCACACUCAGCGGGACCGAUGUGUUCUCAGCGACCAAAGCCAAGGGGUGUGGGUUUCUGGCAAGCUCAUCCAUCUCACUGAAAGCAGAGCCCCAGCCGCUCACCGGGGGGGCAUGGCCGUGUCCCUCGGCCCCUGGGUGCUGCCAGCUGGAGCCUCUCACGGCGAGCAGGAACCAGCAGCACCCAGCGCAGCCCUGGAUCCGGCCACAGGGCUUGACGUCAGGAGUGUAAAAAAAGUCACGCAGAGUUCUGAUGACUACGUUUUUCAGAGGAAGUUGAAAAAAAAAAAAAAAAAAAAAAAGAAAGCAAAAAACCCCAACCCCAAAAAUACCUCAAGGAAAAAUAACGUGGAAAUGGGAGGAGGAGUGGACGAGGGCUGCGGGUGGGUGGCAGCAUCUGGUCCCUGCAGCUGGUGGCAGAGCUGCCCGGGCAGCGAGAGCGCGUCUCAGAUACGGGUAAUGCAGCACCAGGCACAGAAGGAAGCAGCAGUGCAUCAGCAAUGUUCUCCUGACUGCGGUGAGUCAUGUUUUCACCUGGAAAAAGUACUCUGAGCUGGGUUUACAUCAACACGAGGGACUAUCCCACAGUGAACUUUCUGGGAAACUAAGUGUCUUUGGAAAAACUUUCCGGUGACCUGGCAGUAGGUGAAGGUAACCAGUGGUAAGUCCUUCCCAUUUCACACUUGUUUCCACUCUCACAGAGAAACUAUUCCCCCACACGCAGCCAGACUGUAGGCUUGCUCUGCCCUACCUUGGAGGUGCUCCUGUCUUCUCCUGCCUUUCCCCUGCACCACGGCCCUGGGGGCUGCCCUUCUAAAACCACCACAAGGUGUUCAGGGCCCUGUUUUGCUGCAGCUCCCAGGGAACCAUGCUCCUUUUGGAAAGCUAUCCUGGUCCUCAGAGGGGUGUGAAGCUCCAGCUGGGCUGGUUUGCCCGCCUUUUCCUAGUUCUGGUGUGAAAACACUUUGCUGUGCAAGGCAAAGGCACAUUGCCCUUGUCUGCUGGGGGGAGAUGUCCAUACCUGAAAGCAGAAAGCCUUAGAAGGGGAGGAAUGAUGAACGGAGCAAAUAAUCAACACUUCUUCCUUUCUCUAUUUACAAAUUAAAUAGAAUAAAUAACAUCUAUGCGAAAAGUGGCAGGACAGUGAGCACGGUGCUGCAUGGGGCCGCCCUGGCCAGGCGCGCGGCAGGCACCGCUGGGCUCAGGUGACACCAGCACGCAUCCUGCAGCCUGUGCCACCGCGGGUGCUGGCCUGUCCUCAGCAGUCAGAGGAGCGGACGGAGCCCUUGCAGCACAGCCUGUCCCCGUGUCCCAUUAGUGUCACCUGGGGCGCUGGCUGGGGGCUGCUCCUUGCUGGGAAGCAGCCCCAGAAGGAGCGGAAGUGACGGUCCCGGGUGAGUCCGUGCCGGGGCAUCGACGUUCAGGGGUCAGCGGUAGCUUAUCAGAGUAGCUGCUCCCGAGGGGCAGUGGUGGAGGAGGUAGUUGGGCCGGUGCUGGUGGGACGGCUCACAGGCGGCUGUCCUUGCUGCCCCCGUCGAGCACGCUCAGGGGGUCGAUCUGCAGCGUGAGCCAGUCAUUGGUGCCGAGGCUGGAGGUGACCAGCGUCCCCAGGAGGUCAGUGUUGAAGAUGCUCGAGUCAAAGGGGAUCUUCAGGAGUUCAGGGCUGGCUUUGGAGGCCGGGGAAACAACUGGAGGCCCAUAGCUCAGCAGAGAGGGGGCUUGGGGCCCCAGCUGGCUGCAGCAGUCCCAGGCAGGGAGUUCCUGAGAGGUCCCCAGGGCAGCAAAGUCCAGCACGUGGCUGCGGGGAGGCUCGGGAGAGGACUGCUUCAAAUACCCUUUGGCCACAGCCAGCUCGGAGCAGUCUAUGUCCAGCACAACGUCAGUGCCAACCGGGCCCCAAGGGGAUCCUGCACAGCCCGAGAGGGGCACCCCAUCGGUCUGGUCCUGCCUCGGCUCCACCGUGCCCUUGGACUGCUGCAGGUACCCACGAAACUCCACCUCUUGCGGGCUGUCCUGCCCGGUAGCUGGGCCAAGGCUGGGCUCGCCUCCGUGCCCAGGUUCCACGAGGCUGCUGGCGGGGUGAUGGGUGCUGCUCUCCAAGCCCACGCCACUGUCAUUGCCCAUGGGCAGCUGCUGCUUGUAGCCCUGGGCCUCAGGGUGGCUCAGCUCAGAGGAGGAAGAGGAGGAGGAGGAGGAAGAAGAGGACGAGGAGGAGGAAGAGGAGGCGUGCAGGCAGAUGCCGCUGUCAGUGCUGGUGCAGCUGCAGUCCCUGCUCCCCACCAGCCCCAGGAGCUGUGCCCAGCCCUCAGGCCAUGCCAGCAGCUCGCUGCCCGGGUCCAGGGGUGGCUGGGCUGUGCUGGUCUUGCUGGGGGUGCUGGGCUGCUGGGGCUCCUUGUGGCACAGGAACAGCUGCUGGACGGGGUCUGCGUCCGUGAUCCCCGAGGACGAGGACUCCUGCUCCACCCAGAGCGAGCUCUGCUUUAUGAAAUUCUUCUGUGAGGGAGAGAAAAGAGGGGAGUGAGCCUUGCUUUGUCCCUGCUCGUGGCGUGCCUAUCCCAGCACUGCCCAAGUCAACACCCUUACACCAGCCGCAAAGGGUGCCUGCGUGCCUGGCUGCCUUACCAGGACGGACGGCGGCCUCACGGAUUUCCUUAUGUACAUGCAGGCCAGCACUACCCCCAGGAAGCCCGAAAGGAAGAGGAUGAUCAAGAUGGUGCUGACGAUGUCCAAGACGAGCUCUGCGCUCCCUGCAAGAGAAGACAUGCCUAGGUUGGGGAUGUGGAACGCCGAAGUGGUCUCUAUCACUUCAAACUGCAACGAGAGAGCAGGCUGGUGCCCGAGAGCUCCUGCCUCUGUGGCAGGGCUGGGGCUGGGACUCUCCUCCCUCCUCCUCCAUCCCCUGGGCAAGGUCCCUGAGCAAAGCUGCUGAUAGCAGCUAGACCCCAAACCCCCAUGAGAGUUGGAGGACGCACUGCAGUAAAACAUUCAGAGGUAAAACUUAUCUAUAUAUGUUUACAUAGAUCUACGGUAAAACAUAUCUAUAAUUUCUGGCUCAAUAUUGGCUUUUAUGUAGGACUGUGCUUUAAAAAAAUAAAUCAAACUUUAAAAAG